CUUGCGGUUUGUGGCAGAAUCAAGUUAAACUCGGACCGGGACUCCUGCUGCGGCCGCCGCUUCUCUUUGUUGUUCUUGAGUAGUUUCGCUGUCCGCCCCAGCCGAGUGCGCUGGGUUGGCCGGAGCGUGUCGCCUCAGGUUAUCCUGAAUACCACAUGCCUAAUAAUUUUCCUUGCAACGUUAGUCAUUGUUUUUCACUGCCUCCAAAAGAUCAAAAUUUCUCCGGAAAUUGGAGACCUAUUUGAUUUAAAAGAAUAACUUUGACAAAUGGACAAUAUGUCUAUUACAAAUACACCAACAAGUAAUGAUGCCUGUCUGAGCAUUGUACAUAGUUUGAUGUGCCAUAGACAAGGUGGAGAGAGUGAAACAUUUGCAAAGAGAGCAAUUGAAAGUUUGGUAAAGAAGCUGAAGGAGAAAAAAGAUGAACUGGAUUCUUUAAUAACAGCUAUAACUACAAAUGGAGCUCAUCCUAGCAAAUGUGUUACCAUACAGAGAACAUUGGAUGGGAGGCUUCAGGUGGCUGGUCGGAAAGGAUUUCCUCAUGUGAUAUAUGCCCGUCUCUGGAGGUGGCCUGAUCUUCACAAAAAUGAACUCAAACAUGUUAAAUAUUGUCAGUAUGCAUUUGACUUAAAAUGUGAUAGUGUCUGUGUAAAUCCAUAUCACUAUGAACGAGUUGUAUCACCUGGAAUUGAUCUCUCAGGAUUAACACUGCAGAGUAAUGCUCCACCAAGUAUGUUGGUGAAGGAUGAAUAUGUUCAUGACUUUGAAGGGCAGCCAUCAUUAUCCACUGAAGGUCAUUCAAUUCAAACCAUCCAGCAUCCACCAAGUAAUCGUGCCUCAACGGAGACAUACAGCACCCCAGCUCUGUUAGCUCCAUCUGAGUCUAAUGCUACCAGCACCACCAACUUUCCCAACAUUCCUGUGGCUUCCACAAGUCAGCCUGCCAGUAUACUGGCAGGCAGCCAUAGUGAAGGAUUGUUGCAGAUAGCUUCAGGGCCUCAGCCAGGACAGCAGCAGAAUGGAUUUACUGGUCAGCCAGCUACUUACCAUCAUAACAGCACUACCACCUGGACUGGAAGUAGGACUGCACCAUACACACCUAAUUUGCCUCACCACCAAAACGGCCAUCUUCAGCACCACCCGCCUAUGCCGCCCCAUCCCGGACAUUACUGGCCAGUUCACAAUGAGCUUGCAUUCCAGCCUCCCAUUUCCAAUCAUCCUGCUCCUGAGUAUUGGUGUUCCAUCGCUUACUUUGAAAUGGAUGUUCAAGUUGGAGAGACAUUUAAGGUUCCUUCAAGCUGCCCUAUUGUUACUGUUGAUGGAUAUGUGGACCCUUCUGGAGGAGAUCGCUUUUGCUUGGGUCAACUUUCGAACGUCCACAGGACAGAAGCCAUUGAAAGAGCAAGGUUGCACAUAGGCAAAGGUGUGCAGCUGGAAUGUAAAGGUGAAGGUGAUGUUUGGGUCAGGUGCCUUAGCGACCAUGCAGUCUUUGUGCAGAGUUACUACUUAGACAGAGAAGCGGGCCGUGCACCUGGAGAUGCUGUUCAUAAGAUCUACCCAAGUGCAUAUAUAAAGGUCUUUGAUUUGCGUCAGUGUCAUCGGCAGAUGCAGCAGCAGGCGGCCACUGCUCAAGCUGCAGCCGCUGCGCAGGCCGCCGCCGUGGCAGGAAACAUCCCUGGCCCUGGAUCAGUAGGUGGAAUAGCUCCAGCUAUCAGUUUGUCAGCUGCUGCCGGCAUUGGUGUCGAUGACCUUCGCCGUUUGUGCAUACUCAGGAUGAGUUUUGUGAAGGGCUGGGGACCGGAUUACCCAAGACAGAGCAUCAAAGAAACGCCUUGCUGGAUCGAGAUUCACUUACACCGGGCCCUCCAGCUCUUAGAUGAAGUGCUUCAUACCAUGCCUAUUGCUGACCCACAGCCUUUAGACUGAGGUCUUUCAGUGUUGGGGCCCUUAACAUUGUCAGGAUGGUGGACUAUAAAAUACAAUCCUGUUUAUAAUCUGAAGAUAUAUUUCACUUUUGUUCUGCUUUUUUCAUAAAGGGUUGAAAAGUGUGUUUGCUGCCUUGCUCCUAGCAGACAGAAACUGGAUUAAAACAAUUUUUUUUUUCCUACUUAGAACUUUUCAGGCAUGGCUCAGAGCUUGAAGAUCAGGAAAAACACAUUCUUAUUAAAUCUUUACCAGUUAUGUAUGAAGGAAUCAUUCCAGUGCUGGAAAAUUUAGCCCUUUAAAAUGUCUUAGAGCCUUUUAUAUGCAGAACAUUGAUACAUGUGUUAUUCUACAGAAUAAAUUCAAUAUUGCUGAUUUUAAAGGAGAGAAGUUCUCAAAGUUAAUUCACCUAUGUUAUUUUGUGUGCAAGUUGUUAUUAUUGAACAUACUUUACUCCAAAAUAUUGUGCCAUGUGGGUGAGUUAAUUUUACCAAGAGCAACUUCACUCUGUGUUUAAAAAAUAAGAUAGUAAUGUAUUAUAUAACCUUUUAUCCAAAAUAUUUUUUUGCAAGUUAAAACGAGUGAAGACGAUUUCAAUUCAGAUGGUCUUGCAACUUCAGUUUUAUUUUUGCCAAGGCAAAACACUAAUCUGUGUGUAUACUGGGAAUUCCUUAAAAUCACCCACAAAAAUACACCAUUUAAAAUUUACACUUGUUAUCCCUGUUCAGGGUAACUAUUUGUCAAGAAAUAUUCUUUUGCCCUGUUAUACAGUAGAUAUAUUCUUUUAUAUUUCUAGGCACAAGGUGGUCGCUACGGAGCCUAGAAGAGGAAUUUCUUUCCUUCAUUAAUUCAUAAGGAAAGGUUUUGUAUUUUUAAAAACACUAAAGGCAGUGUCACUUCACCUAAUAUCUCACCAUUCUGCAAAAGUGGCAAUGCUUAAACUAAGUGAGUAUUUUGGAAACUGCUAAAUUCUAUGUUAAAUACUGUGCAGAAUAAUGGAAACAUUACAGUUCAUAAUAGCUAGUUUGGAUAUUUUUGUACUUGAUUUGAUGUGUGACUUUUUUUUUUCGUAUACUGUUUAAAUCAUGUAUGUUUUGACAUUGUUUAAAAUUCAGUUUUUGUAUCUUGGGGCAAGACUGCAAACUUUUUUAUACCUUUUGGUUAUUCUAAGCCCUUUGCCAUCAAUGAUCAUAUUAAUUGGCAGUGACUUUGUAUAGAGAAUUUAAGUAGAAAAGUUGCAAAUGUAUUGACUGUACCACAGACACAAUAUGUAUGCUUUUUACUUAGCUAGUAGCCUAAAUAAAACCGAAUCUCAACAUACAAAGUUGAAUUCUAGGUUUGAUUUUUAAGUUUUGUUUUCUUUUGCACUUUUGAGUUGAACCUCAGAAGCAAGAUACCUUCUACUAAAUGACAGGCAACAGCCAGUGCUAUUGGACAGCUUUGGUUUCCCUCACACUCUGCCAGGACUUCCCCACAGACAUUAUGUAUCGAGUGUAGAGUUGGUUGGGGUUUUUUUGUUUUGUUUUGUUUUAUUUUGUUUUAGCUUUUAUUUUACUGUAGCAAAGUAGGCCUGAUUGUCUACAAGGUAAAUAGGUUGUCUACAGGAUAAAAUAGUGUGAAAUAAAACCAAGGAUUAUCUUUCAGAUGCUUUUAUGUUUUGCUUGGAGGGCCUUCUUAGGUGUAAUAAGAUUCUUGAAGGUGUGUUACAAGUAUGAGAUUUGAGAAACACUUAGAAUAGUCAUCCUUAAAUGACUUAAACGAAUAAGUCUUCUACUUCCUUGCUCAGAAGGUCAUCUUCAGAAGACCAUCCUAGGAGAACCACUGAGUUUGCUUAUUGUGAUUUAAACAUAGAUCUGGAUCCAAGCUACAUGGUUUUUUUUUUGUUUUAAAACAUUUUCUCUGCCAAGCUCAUUUGAACUGUUGAGUACUUACGGAUACUUUUGUUAAAGACCAAAUUUUAAUCUGUAAAAGUUUGGUGAUUUAAGUUUUAUUGGCAGAUUUUUUAAAAAAAAAGAUCAUCUUCAUUCUCUAGAAAUUGCUGACUUUAGGUCCAUUUUACUGUGAAUGAAGAAUAGGAGUGAUGAGAGAUUUUUUAAAUCCAGAUUAUUUGAUUAGGAUCAUUUGAUUAGCAUGCUGUGAUACAAUCCGUUGCCUCCUUUUCUCCUUUAAGGAAGGUUUUCAUGUUUAAUCGUCUGGGGAAAGUGUGUGGAAAUAUUUGCUAAAAAGUCUUUCUUUGAGGCCAAGCCACCUGUCUUGGUUUCUUUCUACUAAGAGCCAUAAUGUUAACUACCAUAAUGUUAACUAGAAGCAUUACUUCUAGUUGUUAAUUGCUUUAUGUUUGUACCUAGAUUCAGUCUUAUGCUUCUGAGAAAACAUCUAGUAUGUUCAUGAUCAGUUAUUUUUGAGAGCUUAGUUGUUAAACAGUAUUUCCAUUUCUUAGAGAUAGUCAUCUUUGAUGAGUAAGACUCAAGAAUCACUAGGUUUAAAAUUUUAUGGCUACUUUAGGGUAGAAUAGUUUCUGCAGUUCUCAGAAUCUGAUUAUUUUGAGGAUAUGGUUCCGGGUAGAUUUUCUCCAGCUAUUUCAUAUCUCAAAAUGUUGAGCUUCAUUGCAAGCUGAAUUGAGAGUUGAACCAAGUACCCUUCUAAUCCAGUAUGAGGCCAUUCCACUUUGGUCCAGUGCCUUUCAGUGCGUUAUCAAAGGGAAUCCUAAAAUGGUGUUGCCUUUAUUUUCCAGGGAGUAGAUUCUUUUGAGGGAUAUGCCCUAUCUCAUUUUUUAUAGUGUGCUACCCCUGGUAUACAAAGAUAAUGAUAAUAAAUCACUGCCAUAUAACCUUGUUUUUCUAGAAACACUGCUCAUUUGUAUUGACCUACCCACCAAAUAGGUCUCUUGUCCCAUCCUUCCUGUAGUCAUUGUAGGUUCACAGGUUGGGUGGUCUAGUUUAAGGAUUACCAUCCUCGAAUUAUCCAAGGAAACUGAAUACAUGUUAGCUGUGUUGUAUUUCAAAGUUAAAAAUCCAUUUUUGUGGGGGAAGGGUGUGGUAUAAAGGGGGGUAUUUGUAAUAGAAAUUUUGAAGGUAAAAUAAAAUAUCCUGUCUUCCAGAUGGUAAACAUCUUACUUUUACAAGUUUAUUGCAGGUAUCUUUUUGACUAUGCCCAUCUGGAAAAGGGAAAUUUUACAUUGUCCCAUGGUGCUCCUCAUGCAUAUAUGGAGGUUAAGGAAUAUAAGGUGAAAUAUUUCUACUCGUGGUUUGGUGGUAACUGGUUAAUAGUUACUCACUAGCUAUUAUGCAAAAUUAGAUUAGUUCAGAUCUUUUUUAGAGCCUUUUGGAAGAAGCAGUUUUAUUCUGACUAGGGCAGAAUCUUUUUUGGUGAUAGUUUCUAUAGUUCUCCUCAUCAUUAAGUCAUUUUACUGGCAUUUUAUUUAACGCUAGCAGAUUGGGAAGAUGAUGAAUUUUAGGUUACUGAGGUAAAUGAGUAUAUGAAAGCAAUUAUCUGCAAAAUCACUUAACUUUUUUGUAGAGGGGGCUUGGCUAAGACUAGCAGAUAAUAGCAUGAAGAAAUGCUGUUUUUUUCUUCCAGUUUUCAAAACUCCUUACUACACUAUUUCGCUUGAUCUUUAUAGUAACUCUGUGAGAGGGGGUUAGAGGGAAGGAAAUGCUUUUUUUUUCUUUCUAAAGGCAGACCUCAUCUUGUCACAGGUAGCUCUCUGUGAAUAGUUGCCUAAAUUCUGCUUUGCAAAGAUUACAGAAAAGAGGCUCUGAGAAUCUUUUGUGCAAGCCUUUCCAUUUUUUUCUGACAACUAGGUAACUUCUCCCAGGAUGUAUCAGGAAGGAUGUAUAUGGUUAGUGGCCGCAUUCACAGAAGCAUCCUCGGCUUGGCCUUGUCCCUAAGCACUUGUGCCAGUGCUUCCGGCUGUUGAUCUUGUUUAUCUGCUGUCACUGUGGAAUGGAAUUUUCUGCAUUACCCAGACUUGCCUUAUUUAAGCAGUAAGCCUUUUUAUUUUAGCCAUUUUGGGGACGGAGUUAUUAAUGUGUAUAUCAGAGAACAUACUAGAUACAGUGUUUUUUUGUGUGUGCCAACCUGUCUUUGGAUGUCAGGGGCUGCUAAGGUUUUGCAGACUGCUAUGGUUUUGAAUGUUUACCUUUUUUCUUUUUUACACAGUACCUUUCAGUAUUCUCCCUUUCUGAGAGGUCACUUCGUGUGUAGCUCCCUUUGUAGUUUCUUCUUCGCUUUCUGAUUCGUUUUUCCAACUGCUUGGGCAAGAAACCCAGAUAACCAGACUUAGAACUACCUUUAAAACACAAGGACAAAUUGGGACAGGUCCCAAGAAACUUUCCUGUAAAGUAUUGAAAAGGCCUUCAGUGCUUUGGUGUCUGACAUCUGUUUGACUGCUUAGAAUGAUUCCUGAUUCUUUGCUGAGUUCAGGUAGUUGAAAUAGGGAGAAGUGGGUCAGAUUCAUAUUUUCUGCCUUUGAAAGAUUUUGAAAGAUUUUGUUGCUUCCAUCUCAGUGCUGCUCGUACAAAAACUGGGGUUACAGGGGUUACUAAAUUAUCAUCAGUAGUCAGAGGCAUGCCUUGCCUAGAGGAUACCAGCAAAAAAAAAAAAAAAAAAAAAAAAAAAA